AUGAAACGAAUAGGGAGGUUUUCCAAAUCACAGGGCGAACGUGAUGGCGAAGGUGAGAAUCAGGAUGUGAGCCGCAAGAGCUUAGAAAACAAAGGACUCCAGCCAAGUAGAAGCAAUCACUCGGGAGAGUCUCAAGAUUCACUUCGGGAGCUCAGACCGAUCUUUGGAGGUCAAAAUGCGACAACAACUGCAGCAGCAGCAGCAACAGCAGCAGCAACAGCAACAGCGAUUGGAAUGGGAAUGGGGAUGGGGAUGUACGAUAGCUCUUUGAAUUUGAAUCCAAGUAUUCUGAAUGCACCUUUGGAAAGUGUUUUACAAACUAGUCAAGCAUCUGCACUGAAGGGUGGAAACUCACUUUUUUCGAGCAAACAAUCAUUCUCCACUAAGCAAUCAUCGUAUCAGAAUAGUGCUCCACAUAGCAAGAAAAGCUUUGGCGAUUUCGGCCAAGCUUUGCAGACAUUGAACAUAGUUGAAGGAUCAACGGCAUCAAAGGAAAAGGAUGAAGGGUACUCAGUUGUUGAUGAGUUACGCCAGCUCAGCCAGGAUCUUGCAUAUAUUAUGCACCAGUUGAACAACUCAUCAGUGAACUUGUCGACUGCAGUGAUGAACCUGAUAGAUUGCUUUAAAAGUUUUUCAACAAGCUAUCGUGCGGUGCCAACGAUAUCUGCCGCAACAAAAGAAAAGAGAACAAGAACUGUAGGUGAUGCUGAAACUGAAAUCGAAACAGAAACUAUAUCUAAAAAUGAAAAUAAAAAUAAAAAUGAAAAUGAAAAUGAAAAUGAGUUCCAGACUGAAGUGAUGGCAUACAACAAUUUGGAUUUGAGGAAGAUCAUCAAGAUCUACCUCCAGUAUCAUGAUGAUCUUUUGCAAAAUGAAGUAUACAUCAAGCUCAAACUAUUGUUGAUGAAGCACUUUAAUGAUUUUGCAUCAAAAUUUGACGACGAAGCGAAGUCUUCAACAGUACUCAUCAAACCAAGAUAUUAUGCCGUUGGUUCAGGGGAUCACGGCCCAUUUCCUGGAGAAGAUUCGGUUGCAACUAUUAUGGAUAGAAUAGCCCAAGUCAACUUGGCAUCAAAGGACCAGAAUGGUUCAUUUAUUGCGCCAGUGCUCAGGGGAGUCACCUCCAAAUUGCGCAUUUUGUGUUUAUACUUUGGUCUCCCUGAUCCACAAGAAAACCAUCAGAAAGUCAUUAGCGGAAUCAGUGAGUUAUACGACGACAUACACGUUGUUAUUGCUAAAAACCGUAUAGAACUUGCAUCUGCAUCAGUGGAAACAUCUAUUAAGCUGAACAAUGUACCACCAGUACAAAAGAUCCAACACCAUCAACAUAGCCAGAAGGGCUAUGACCAACAUUUAUCACAUUCACAUAAGCAGCAGCAGCACCACCACCAGCAGCAACAGCAGCAACAGCAACAGGGUUUCCCAGUUCAAAAAUUCAAACUUCCAUUUAGAGUGCCAGUGGAUCCUCUUCAGCCACCGAUGUCAAUGUCAAUGUCGACUGAAAAUUCGCUCAAAACAUCAGGCACUGUAGGUGGAUAUAUAUACCCCAAGAUAGAUAUCAAGAAACAACCAAAUCUCAAGAGUUAUGCGGCCUCAAAGUUUGCAUUGUCGUGUGGCCAUGUUUGCCUUGAUCCACAUAGUCCAUCAACCUAUCCAAAUAUUGCUGUGCCCUCGGCAGCGUUAAUAGGGAUGUACAAGCAGGCCUUGUUGGCACAAUACGAAAGAGUGAAGGGGUCUAUGAAGGACACGGAGGUGGCAUACAAAGCGGUUCUUGGUGAGUUGGAGGAGAUGUUUCCAUCUAAGAAUGUUAAAGUAAACAUGGACAAUAUACAAGAACGGGAACUUGGUAGAAACUUGCCUAGACAUAAAUUUGGCCAGAUUAUAUGGGGUGAAAGAACCUUGAUAGAGGUACUGCAAACACCAAACGCGGUGAGCGGGCUCACCGAACGCAAAUUGUCCGACUUGGCAAUUAUUAAAGUCAAUAAGCAUAUGAAAUGCUCAGCAAACUAUUUGGGCGAUGACGUGCUGUUCAAUGAGUACGAUCCUAGCUUGAUCUUUGAAAACCUUUAUGUUCGUAAAGUGCUUAACUUGAAGCGAUACGAGCCCAAACCUAUCAACGAAGCUGUGAAGGAUAUUGAUUCACAAGUGUCUUCUUUUGAGGAAACUGAAAACUUGCAUGGCCUUGAAGUUUUCAAAUACGGAUCGACAACGAAAUACACAAGAGGUAAUUUGAAUGGCAUCAAACUCGUUUACUGGCUAGACGGUGAGAUGCAUUCGCUGGAGUUUAUAGUCAAUUCUAGCGACAUGACGUCGGUAUUUGCCAGUGGAGGUGAUAGCGGAAGCUGGAUUAUGAGUAAGUUGCAGGACAUUAAUCCUAACGAGCAAGGAUUGGGUGUCUUGGGGAUGUUGCAUUCGUAUGACGGAGAGUUUAAGCAGUUUGGCUUGUUCACGCCAAUGUGCGAGAUUCUAUCACGGUUGAAAGAGGUGACAAACAUCGAAUGGGGCAUCGUGGGAGCACAAGACUACAAAGGCGAAGGCAGAGACGGUGAGGGAGACGAGAAUGAAGACGAAUACUUUGUUAAUGCCGGUGGUGAGAGAAGUAAUGAGUAUGACAGUGACGUUGAAUAG